UAAUCUUUUGAAAUAAUCUUUUGAUUAGGAUUUUAAAAAAGGAAAAUUACUAUUAAAUAAUAUAUAUAUAUAUAUAAGACCUUUAAUAAAAUUCGUUUUUGUUAAUAUCUAAGUUUUUUUAUUAUGAGAUAAAUUAACACAUGUCAUAAUCUUAAAUAUAUAAAGGUUGUGUAUCGCAAUCGUGUUAAUUAGUAACUUUGAAGAACCUAGCUUUAUAUAAUAAGAUACAUUUUUUGAUUAGGAUUUUAAAAAGGAAAAUUACUAUUGAAUAAUAUAUAUAUAAUAGGAUUUUUAAUAAAAUUCGUUUUUGUUAAUAUCUUAGUAUACAUAUUUUUAAUUAUGAGAUAGAUUAACACAUGUCAAAAUCUUAAAUAUAUAAUUGAUACGUGUCGCGAUCAUGUUUAACUAAACUUUAUAUAAUAAGAUAAGCUCAUGUACAUCACUAUUAUAAGCGUAUACGAUUUUAUUUCAUAAUAAGAUAAAUUUCGUCCGUUCUUUAAGAAAUCGAUGCAUGAAUGAUCAACUAUAUUGUAGUAAUUCGUUAACUAGAUAUCAAAACAUGACUCAUUGUAACAGAAAAAGGAGGCAUGCCAUAAAUGAAACCACUUUAAUUUAUCCAACUAUAUAUUUUGGAAGAUAUUGAAGCUGUUGAACGAAGUGCGGUUUAUCUUUGAAAAUAGUGUACAUCCAAUACUAGCAACAAAACCAAUGAUGCUGGACAUCAAACCAAAAUGAAACACAUAAAUAGGGUAAAGAGCUCCAAGUAAGGUAAAAGGUCUGUGGACCAGUUUGCUAAAAAAAGAGGUCUAUAGACCAGUGACUAUAAGUCAAUGAUCAACAUCCAGAUUUAACAUACUUUACAUUUUCCUCUCUAAACAUUCAAUUCCGUUAUAGUUUGUAGGUUUAUAAUUGUAAAAUAUAGACUAUGGAUGUACAAAGUGUAAUUGUAUUUUUGCAUAACAAUUGAGAAAAAAUCAUUUAUCCUUUGUACAACUUAUACAAAUUAAUAAUUCUGCUUUACACUAGUUAUAUAUUCAAACUAAAAUUAGCACUUUUAUAUAAUAUAUCUGACUAUUUACUUAAAAGCAUUCGCAUUGGUUAUGUUUCUCAAUUUUUUUUUUUGAUAAAAUAAAUUAUAUAAAGAAAAAGGGAAAAAAGAAGAGAAAUAAGUUUUUUUCUUUUGAAAGAUCACAUUUUUAAAGAUUUUAAUUAUAUAUACCAUUUUAAUUCAUCUAUAACUUAUUAAAAUUUAUUAUCAUUUUCCAAAAAGAGAAUUAUCAUCAAGAAACUCUAGUGAAUCUCUCUCACUAAUCCUAAUGCUGUAAGAAAAUUUAAAAUAACACUUUUUAGAUAAAAACAAUAUUUUUAUUGAUAUAUAUUUUCUGUCAGCUAUUUUAUUGAUAUAUAUAUUAAUAUUAGCUUGUCUAUACUGAUAUAAUAAAAUAGUAUGUAUAAUUAUUUACUGCAACUUGUUGCCAAAAGUUCUUUAAAUUAUUUUUGAUUGAAAAUGAUAAAACUACAAAUACUCGUGUAGACUUUUAAUUUAUUUUUUAUGUUUGGCUUAGCCGAAAUUUUUUUAAACGAAUUUUAGAUGUCACAUAACUAAUAAUUGAACGAAAUUAUAUAACAUACUCUGACCCUAUAUGAAAGAAUGUACGAUUCUUGGUCCAUAAUUUUCAAAUAACUAAAAUUCAAGCGAAAUACAAGUCACGGCCUAUAAAUUUUCCAUAAAUUAAUAUUCAGUGUAUGCCGAAAGUUAAUGUACAAAAACGUGCAGUAGAUGACACGAACAAAAUGUGACGAACUAAUUUACAUACCUGUCUCAUAUAACGUACAUCAUGAAAGUAGAAACGAAUCCUAAUGUUAUACUGAAAUUAAGCUAUAAAUGUAGCCUGCGGGAAUAAAUUCUCGCCAAAUUAACGAAUAACAUAUUUUUAUUAGCUUUAUUUAAAAUCAAAUUCGUCGGCUUGGUAGCAUGUCUAUGUAAUUCCCUUAGAAUCUUGCAAAAGCUAUAUGAAUAUAUGAUUAAUUUAAUGAUAUCUUACUCAGAAUAACGAAUAUACAUGGCAAAUUAGGUUUGUGAUCGAAAGUGAAUGAACACAUAGCUACAUAUGCAUGCUUUAUUAAUUUUUCAUCAAAAUAAUUUAAUGGUUUUUUUUUGUUAAAGGGUUUUCAAAAUAAUUUAAUGGUUUAUACAUUUUAGAUUGAUUAAGGAAAUUAAUAUAUUAUAUGCAAUAUUUCAUGGUUAACGUCAAAAUAAGUCCAAUUUAUAAACAAGCGGAUAAACAUUUCCCUAUAUAUAUGGGAAGGUUUGUGGUUGCCAAACUCAAAGCACAUUGGGUCUUAUCUCUCUCUAACACACACACACACACACACACAAACUCACGUAUAUAUUUAGAGAGAGAGAGAUGGGUGAAGAGAUGAAAGGAGUGAGAGUAAUCGAGGAGUGGUCUCCGGUUAUAGUAAUGGUGAUAUCUAACGUAGCGAUGGGUUCAGUGAAUGCACUUGUGAAGAAAGCUCUUGAUGUUGGUGUGAAUCACAUGGUUGUUGGUGCUUAUCGAAUGGCUAUUUCCGCUUUAAUUCUAGCUCCCUUCGCUUAUAUCUUGGAAAGGAAAACAAGACCGGAGCUAACAUUUAGGUUAUUGGUCGAUCAUUUCAUCAGCGGUCUUCUCGGGGCAAGUCUUAUGCAAUUUUUCUUUUUGCUUGGUCUGUCCUACACGUCAGCAACUGUUUCGUGUGCUUUGGUAAGCAUGUUGCCUGCAAUCACCUUCACUUUGGCCCUUAUUUUCAGGACCGAAAAUGUAAAGAAUCUAAAGACCAAAGCAGGAAUUUUGAAGAUCCUUGGAACUCUAAUAUGCAUAAGUGGAGCUUUGUUCUUAACAUUCUACAAAGGCCCUCAAAUAUCAAACCCUCACUCUCACAAAGAGGCUGUUCAUAACCACAGCGACAACGAUCAAGACAAAACCAAGAACUGGCUUCUUGGAUGUCUUUACUUAACCAUUGGAACCACGCUGCUGUCUUUAUGGAUGCUGUUUCAAGGGAAUCUAAGCAUUAAAUACCCUUGCAAAUACUCAAGCACCUGUCUCAUGUCGGUUUUUGCGGCGUUCCAAUGUGCUCUCUUGAGUCUUUACAAGGGCAGAGACGCUCAUGAUUGGGUCAUCGGUGACAAAUUCGUGCUUAUUGUCAUCCUAUACGCUGGAGUGGUAGGACAAGCAAUGUCGACGGUAGCAACAACAUGGGGGAUAAAGAAACUAGGAGCGGUUUUCGCAUCAACAUUCACUCCAAUUACUCUUAUUUCAGCUACUCUAUUCGAUUUCCUCAUCUUACACACUCCUUUAUACCUCGGCAGCGUAAUUGGAUCAGCAGUGGCAGUGAUGGGUCUCUACGUGUUCUUGUGGGGUAAGAACAAUGAAACGGAAGCAUCAACUACAUUGCCUCCUCGGAUGGACAACCAAGACCAAAAUGUUAAAUAUAAUAAUAACGACUCUAAGUCGCCCGUUUAAGUUUAAGUACUAUAUAUUGUUAUUGGCAUAUAUCAAAUAAUUGUUCUAGUGAGAGCGAGAGAAUGUUGUUAUUUGAAGUCUAGAACUCCAAAAAUCAACGCAGAGAUAAGUUGUGAAGUAUGUAUAUAUUAUUGUUUAUUUAAUGAUAUCAUUUGCCCUAAUCAAAUCCGCAUAAAUUAUCCGGUUCCUAUAAAGAAUUAAAAAGAAAAGUUGUGCUUUACCAUUGCAUGAACCGGUGGAAUGCACUAAAGAGUAAAAUAGUAGCUUUGUCCCCAGAAACGACAAAAAAAGAAGAAGAAUUUUGGUAUUAAGAAAUGGAACACUAAAUCAUAAAAUACGCCUACGACCUAACUAUAAAGUCACACCAAUAGAAAAUAUUGGCCUUGCUUCAGGAUAAUUUAGGAACACCCUUACUUGUAGAAAGCCCAAUAUUUUCUAUUGGAACACCCUUGCAGAAUGGGCUCCCAGAAAAAAUUAACCAGGAAUUGAAAAUUAAAGAUAUACAUUAGGCCCUUUUAUUAAAGAUAUACUUUAGGCCCUUUUACAAGCCCAUAAAAAUCAGCCCUUGUAGAACCGUCUUUAGAAAACCGACACGUAUGGGGAUUUGUAGACCAUCGCAGCUGGCACCGUACACAUCACUAUUCCCACUUGCUCUACCUAUAACCGGGAAACCGACGCGUAAGUCAGGUGGACCCCACGCUCGCUUUUAUCUACGUGACCUUCACAAAACAAAAAAAGACUUAUGGCUCACAGAGAAGCAAGUUGGGAGAUACGAAAAAGCGCAGCGAACGGCCACUACAAUCUCACCACGUGUCGAUCUCCGGUGACUUGUGUUUUUUCCAUAAAUACCCUCCGUGCUGUUUCAGCCGCAAAUAAAAAAAUAAGUAAAACCAGAAAAAAAGGGAAGGAAAAAAAUGUUGUGGCUGAGAUUGAUUCUGGCUUUCUUCUUCUUACAGUCUUCUUCACCCUAAAACAGUCUUCCUUCCUUCCUUCUUCUUCACUUAUCUUCUUCUCUGUCUCUUCACCAGCUCUGCUAAAACAUAAAAAUAUAGUUUUUUUUUCUUUCCGAUUUGAUUGUUUCUCCGGCGAAUACUCCGGUGAGAUGAUCUAGUUUCUAUUUACGGAUUGUUCCUCAAUGAUGGCUACUCUCAAGGGUUUUGGAUGCGAUGGAUUCAUUUGGGUGAGACUUUUGAGAAGUAAAAGGGGAUUCUUUUGAGUUCUGCUACUCUGUUUCACACGGUGGACUUUUCAAAGAUUUCUCCUUUCAUUUCUAAAUCUCUCUCUCUUUCUCUAUCUUUUACUAAUAUGAUCUUAGUGUGGAUAAAAUAUUUCUCAUAGUCUCUUUCUCUUUUUUUGCAGUUGCUUUAGAAUCUUAAAGAGGUUACUUUUCAGUUAGAAUCAAUCACAAGAGGCUUUUGCUAUUUGGAGGGGAUCAAAGAUGGUUUCUUUGUUACACUAGAGAGGGAUUUGAAGCAGCUAAGAUCCGGUUCUGAUGGAUAC